ACAGAUAACAAAGAAACUAGAACGAGAGACGUAUAUUGUAAUCUUCAUUUCGUUUCUAUGGACACUCACCACUGUCGGUGUGUCGAGUCGCUGCAGAUUUUUCCGCUAUUUGAAGUCUUCUACUUCACAAAUUUAUUCAUCUCUUGACUAAUAAACUUGUUGCAAGAAAUGGCCGGAGUAACAAAAGGUACCACGAUUAAAGAAGCCCUCUCAAGAUGGGAGACAAAGGAACAAGAGGCAUGUCAGUCGCAAGAAAAGAUAAAAGCCUGUGAUGCCAAGUGUGUCAAACUCCUCUUUCAGAACCCGCCCAUUGAUAAAAUGGAUGCAUCCCUUUCGACUCUUAGCAACUGCACGCAAUUGUCCCUUUCAACAAAUGUGAUUGAAAAGAUCGCAAACCUGAAUGGCUUAAAAAACCUCAAGAUUCUAUCACUUGGCAGGAAUCUUAUAAAGAACCUCAAUGGCUUGGAAGCAGUAUCAGACACAUUAGAAGAGCUGUGGAUCUCCUAUAAUUAUAUUGAGAAACUGAAAGGCAUUCAAGUUCUCAAGAAACUCAAAGUGUUGUACAUGUCGAAUAAUUUUGUCAAAGAUUGGGGUGAAUUUGAUAAACUCAACCAGCUUCCUUGCCUCGUAGAGCUUGUGUUUGUAGGUAACCCACUCGAGGAGAAUCAUUCGCAAGCAGGAGACUAUGUCGCACAAGUCAGGAAGAGGUUACCGGGUCUAAAGAAGUUAGAUGGUGAACCCCUUGUUGAUGAUAAUAUGGAGCAAGAUGAAGAAGACUGAAGGAAUGAAAUUGAAAUUUCUGCAGAUGAAUAUUCCUACAACCGUUAUCUAUUUGUUUUUUUUUUUUACAUUUUGAAUCCGUCCGAAACCUUUGAAAGAACAUUGUGAAAAUAGGAUUUAUUUUCUCCCAAUGCUUUUGGGCCCCAUCUUUCAGGUAGUUACAAUUGAUCCGAUCAACCUCAAGUACAUGUGGAAAUAAUAAUAAGUUAUAUAAUUAGUAAGUUAAGUCAUGUACAUAUGGAAAUCCAUCAAUGUCAGAUUUUUUUCGUUAGGAAAUUUACACAAUGUCCUUUGAAAAAAAAUUAAGCAUACUGAAUUGUCAAGAAAACAGCAAAUGUAUAAAUAUACAUCAUAUCCAGAAAUAUUUUGAAGAAACAUGUAUUUCAGGUGUUGACGUUGCUGGCUUUUCCAUAGUCGUGGUUGAUUGGAUCAAAAUCGUAACUCUUUGUAAGACGGGGGGGGGGGCCUGGUGUUAUCAUUAAAUCCAAGAUAUUAAACAUUUUUUCCUGUCAAAUAAUUGUGACUUCUUCGAAUAUAUAGUCUUUCCCCUUACUCUUAAUUUACCCUUAUUUGUACUUCAUAUUAAUUGACCACUUAAAGGUAUUGUUUAACUUUGUGAGAAGCUGAUUUAAAAAAUUCUCAAACCAAGAUGAAACAUGUGUACAAGUGCAUGUAUCAGAACUAAUAAACCCUGAAAACAACCAUUAUUGAGAAUGAAAAGCUAAAACUACAAGGCAAACCCUGAUUUUGUAAAUAGGCAUCUACAAGACGCCUAUUUUGUAAAUAGGCGUCUUCAAGACGCCUAAAUAGUACACAUAAGUGUAUGGGAUCAAAUUAAGAUGGUGUUUCCGGUCACUUUAUAUUUCAAUUUUUGAAGCACUAAAUAAUUAAUUUCGAACGCAAUUUUUUCUGGGCUUCAUUUUUGUAACAUAUCACAGACACAGGUGACAAGUGUGACCUUCUAGCUCAGAUUUUUUAAAAGUCAAACCAAUGUUAACCAAUCACUUUAAUAUGUGGAUUUUUUUCUAGUUGUAAGGAUACAUGUAUAUGGCCUAACAUUCACAGAUUUAACUGAAAUUUGAUAUACAAUAUAGAAAUUAAUGUGUAUGUUUGAUUUGAAUUAUAUGUGCACCAAAAUGGAAGAAUAAUUUUAUAGAAAUAAGAAACGAAAAUUUAUAUUUUUAGCAUGGGGGCUGUAUAUGCCUGUCUCUGAUCAUUCCAAAUUGCCUGUUGUAUUCAGCCCAAUAAUUGAAGGAGUUGCUUGCAAUUUUCUGAGACAAUAUGGACAUUUUUAUUUAUUCAUUUUUUUUGGGGGGGCGGGAGAAUAAAUCAAUCUCAACCCCUGUAUAUUUGUUCACUUUUAAGACCCAUUUCUAAUGUUGAGCUGUUAAUGAUCCCUUUGAAUUUCCUCGUAAAUAAUAAUUACCCCGACUGAUAAUAAUGUAGUCCAUAUCUAAUAGCAUAUCCAGCAUCAACUAUGACAAAGAAAUGUAUGAGCCCAUGCACAAGCAUAAUAGAGUCACUAUUGUCCCCAGACCAUUUGGCCCAUGAAAUGCUUUGUAGGAUCUGAUGCUGGCUGGACACACGCCUGAUAUCUUGAUUCUGGAAAUGGAAUGGAUGCCUGCAUGAGGUCACUUGACUUGCUUUGAACGUAUGAACUUUUUUCUAUUCUCUAAAUAUUGUCACAAUUCAAGACAUCUUAGCAUUUAUUGCAAUACAUAAAAUGUUCAUGUAUCAGUUUAAGAAAGUGUUAUAAUAGGGCUCUGUCCAGUUAAUUGUGUCAUUUGGGCAAGUCCAUCUUCAACAUUUUUUCACCUUGAAAUUCAGAACAUUUGUCGUAAGAGAGAAUAAAUGGUAGCUUAGGUAGGAAUUUAUUUACCAGAAAUUAUGGUUGCCUUUCAGUUUGUAAAUAGUAAAUGUAUUUUAUUCUCUUGAUUGCGUUUUAAUAUAUUCAUCAAAUUGCAUAAGAAUAUUAUGCAUGCAUAAUGAAUUCGAUGUCAAUAUGUAUUCAUACUUGUAUAAUAUGUAAAUAAAAUUGUACACUGUAUUUGUAAAACUUUAA